GGGGUGAUAUUUUACAGUCGCGACGCGAGCGGCCGGUGAAAAAUGCGCGGGGCGGUACGUCUCGCCGUGAACAAUCGAUAGAAUAGAAGGCGAGAUGUGAGCUUCCAGUGGUACGCGCGAACCAACGCACGGUGCAACGGUUGUAUAACUCGUCCACGAUGCUGUGGAAAAGCGAGGAAAUGAGGUAAGAGCGCGCAACGCGCGACGUUCCUCUCCGUCGCGCCGAAUUAUACACGGCACGCUUCUUGGCCACGCGAAAAAGCCGAUCCGACGCGGGAGGCUCUGCCAAGCAUGCUCGUAAUGCUCCGGGAUCCUGACGGUGAUUUUAAUUCGUUAUGAUCGUGAUUACGUUACGGGGCUAAUGCCCACGGUUUGCAACACCGUCGAGCUUUCCCGCGUUCUCAGUUGAACCGCGAGCACCGGGUAUUACAAAUAAUAUCGACGGACACGAGAUUCAGUUAAAUUCUCGUAAGUCGUUGAAUUCUCUCUAAUCCUUUUAAUAAUUGUAUUAUUUCUUUUCUUUAUGUCUCAUAUUAUUUAAUAUAAUUUUUACGCGUUCCACAGACAGAGUAACAACGUUUUUACUUUUUGUUUCGAUGAGUAUAAAAUAAAACAUGAAUCGCAAUUUUUAUAUUAAUAAAAAAUAUUCUGAAACAAUUGUAUUCAACGUGCAAUCAUUAAAUUUUCAUUCUUCGUUUCGAUGAGGGUACGUAAAGCAAAAAAUCAAAAUUUUUCUAUAAAUUUAUAACCAAUACUUUGAGAAAUAGAUAGUUAAUUAUGAAAAUAAAUACACAAGAUCAACAGUGAAGUAUUCAAAUUUAAAAAAAUUUUUUAAUUUAUAAUAGCUAAUUAAUCUAAUAUUGUUUUAUCUAAUAUUGUAUUUAUUGUAUAGUAUUCUUUUAUCUAAUAUUGUAUUUACCAAAAGCGCUGCACAUAACAACUUUCGACCAGGAUUGUCCUCAGUUUACUAUACCGAAGAAUUUGCCUGUAUUAUUCCUUGUCCUUGAGGUAUCCCCCGAAAUUGAUUUUCCGAGACAUAAUAAGAGGCAACAGCGCGAAUAGGCACCAGUGGUACCGCACUCUAGUCGCUUAACCGACGUCACCACGUGGCACAUCGGAUUCUUAAUCUCCUAGUGCUUCAGAAAUACAUACUACGUGCAUUUUUUCUACGAGUAGAAAAGAAAAAGUUACUUAGUGUAUUUUGAUAGGAUUAUUAAUAGAAAUUAGGGGAAAAUGGAAAAUAGGAAAUUAAUUCACGACACGACGAAGAAUAAAGGUUACUAUUAUAUAAGGAGAAAUACCAGUAACAAUGAAAUAAACGAAGAGAAGAUGUAAUAAUUUGUUGAUUACAAAAUUGAAAAGAGUGCUGUACCAAAAAAGAAACUUACGCAUUAUAUACUAAUUAUAAUCUGAACGUUAAAAAUCGUAUAUCUAGUGUUACGACGACUCUUCUAUAAAUCAAACGUGAACUAAAAAUUCUGUCGAGAGGAUUCGCGAAUCCUCGUGUCCAUCAUUAAAGAAGUUAUCAUCGAAAAUGUCCGGAUUUCAGUCGCAUCCUAUGUUCCGGACUUUGUCCAUGCAUCAUACUUGUACGUAUCGAUGUAAGCCGUAAGGUAUCGACAUAGUUUUAUUUCGUUCAACGAAGCCAUAUUAUCAUUUGCUAAAUAUAUGUAUUCGAUUUUGUUAAACAAUAUAUAACGCUGUUGAGUGGGUCCUUUAUCUUUGACUAUUUGAAGUACUAUGCGAAAAUUUGGUAUUCUUUCGCACUUCCGCCGAGAAAGAAUUUAUCACGUUGUAAUCACGACAAUAAUCGCGACGAUGUAAAAAUCCGUGUUAAUGUUUUCGCUUUCAGUUUUUUUCCCUCCCAUUACAAAAUUACGCGAUCAAUCACAAGAUAAUAAUAGUUGCCAAUGACACCCAACGUGUAUACAUGCCCCAGUAAUAACAGAUCGAUGUCUUGUUAUAUGGGCAUAUUCAGUUAGCGUUCAGGCGAUAGCACACGCCGUAUCGCUUGGUUACCGCGUGUGAUAUAAGGUUAUUAAUAUUGGCACUGUCAAUAUCCGAUUGCGUAACCGUAUCUGAGAAAUACUCAGCUAUCGAGCAAUCGACGCGCGGCGGGAGCAUUUGAACGACGACGCCGUGAUCGCGGGUGCCGCAACUCCCGACUAUCGACCACGGAUGCAGGCCCGCCAUGGUCAAGGCGCAGUCGCGGCCCAGGCGCGGUCGCCGCGAUCAAAGCUGUCGGACUUGUUUCAUCUCUGGGUCAACAACAUACGACUGUUCUACUCCUGGGGCGACCUAGAAGGCCUGACGCCGCAAGCGUUGCCCAGCACGAUGGGUAAUCUACAGAGUGACAGCAAGAAGAAGCAGAAGAAGAAGGAUGCCGCCCCGCCGGUGCCGACGUCCGCGUCCACGGACGUCGAGCCCGAGACGCCCGAGGACCAGAAGCCCAAGGAGAAGCGGGACCAACCGCCGAAAGCUCCGGAAAGGCGUGAUGAACCACGCGAGCCUACCAGGAUCAGUUUCGAAAAGGUGCACACGCCGGGCAAGAGGCAGGCACCACCGCCACCGCCGAUGAUACAGGUGUUACCAAAGGACACGCAGGAAAGUGUAGAGCCUGAAUGUCGCAAGGAUACCGCAAUAACAGCGAAGCCAUGCGUAACGACGACGGAGUCUUUCCGCUCGAGUACCACGACGUCGACGUCGACGACGACGACAACGGCCCAGACCCCGACGACACCGCAGACGACCCAGCUGCCUCCAAUGUUGGUGACCGAUUCGUGGCGAUUGGCGAACAAGGGCCUGGUUGUUACGGAGAUGCCGACGCCGCCGAGCCAGGAAUCCUCAAGUGACAGUGUCUUUACCGAUCCUGGCGAGCUCACCAUGAGUCCGGUCACCGCUGCCACGAGACCGGAAGUGGUGAAACGUAAACCGAACCUGGAGACGAUCGACAGCAGGGAAGAGAAGACUUCGUUCGCGAUUACGAAGCACAAGAAGAUCCAUCUCUCAGUGAUAAGUCCCAGAAAAAGCAUAACGUCGAGCGAGAAGACCGCGACGAGUCCGAGGGCUCCACAGAGACGACACAGCUUCUACGAAUUUCCGACGAGGGAGGGCAGAGUGCUGAGAAGAGUGGCCAGCCUGACCCUGGAUCGAAGUAGCGCCAAGAAAAGAAAAAGUUCGAAAAAUCUCGCCUGCCAAAAAACGGAUCGCCAUAAGCAGUCCGAAGAACAAGAACUGCCAAUCACUCCAAUCUCUACGUUACCAGAUAAAGACACGGGAAAAAACGUUACGUCCCUGAUAGAUCGGAUCAAUACUUGUGCAUUGCCAGAUGGACUUCACGCAGCUCAAACGAAAUCGAGUCCAGUUUGUUGUGAGCACCAUAUGCUUAAGGAUACUUAUUUGUACGAGGAAGAAGUUCAGAAGCUGAGAGACGAAAUCAAACGGUUGCGCGAGAUAUCGGUAGAUCGACAAAUAAGCACCAGGGGACAGUCUACUCAGACCUCACCGAGAAGCUUAUCACCAGUUGACGGGAAUAUCAGUGACACGAGCAACUUAGAUGCUGGUACACCGAGAUUAUCGACUAUCAGAAGUGACGCGGAUUUCGACCAAGUCAAGAUGACUCUCGUACAUUCCUCCACGCCGACCGACAAGGUCGAUCGGUCGUGUUUAUCACAGGGUAACCCAGUGAACGCGCCAAGUGAAGAUCUGGCGCAGUAUCGCUCCCCAACAUCGUUUCCACCUCCAUUACCACCGGAGGCAUUCUCGAAAAGCAGAUCUACACCUACCUCGAUGACGUCGUCUUUCAUCCCGCCGCCUCCGCCGCCGCCGUCUCCGUUCACGUUUGCCACCGAAUCGGUAGUAUGUGGCGGCGAAAGGACAAUCCCGUCGACACAGUUGACAGACGUUUCUGGAAUACCGCCGCCACCACCUGCCCCCAUGUCGUCGCAAAGUACUGUGAGCACGUUUCUAUCUCCGCCGCCUGCUCCGUCUCCGCCACCAUCUACGCCGGUCUCGAGUAGCUCGAGUACGAUACCUAUUCCUCCACCCCCGCCUGUACAAGCCAUCAUAGGCGCGAUACCUCCGCCGUCCCCUUUGCAAAAUAUGAUACCACCUCCGCCGCCACCUCCUCCCUUAUUCCUGCUCGAACCAGUGCACAGCGUUGAGAGUGGCAUACCACCUCCCCCACCGCCACCUACGAGUGCAACGUGCGAGAUGUCUUCGUCUACGAAAAUUACGAUACCUCCUCCACCACCGCCACCGCCUACCCCGAUGUUAAACACAUGCGGGAUACCACCACCGCCACCUCCUCCGCCAUCGUCACUCGCGGCAGGUGAUACUAGCGCGAUACCUCCACCGCCACCCCCGUUACUUGGAAUGGCUCAAACGACUGGGCCACCACCGCCGCCACCGCCACCAGGUAUGCCUACGCAGGGUGGCAUACCUCCGCCACCUCCGCCUCCUAUCGGAGGUUCAGGUGCAGGUCCUCCUCCACCACCACCCCCUGGAGCAAUAGGACCUUGCCCUCUACCAGCUCCCCCGGUUGGAGGAUGGAAUCCGCCCAGCAGAGCCAUAAUGAGAAAGCAACCUUUAAAUCCUGAUGUGCCUAUGAAGCCACUUUACUGGACGAGAAUUUUGGUACCAGUUACUGCAACCAGUCAAACUUCAAAAGACACUUCAGAUUUGUCACCCCAGGCGCCUCUAUGGCUGGAACUUGCGGAGGAAGAGAAUAUAAAUAUGAAAGAGUUCGCUGAUUUAUUUUCGCGGCAGGUGAGAGAGAGGAAUCUGACCAAGAAAAACGAGGGAACGCCCAAAAGUUCAAAGAUCCAGCCUGCGAAGAUAUUGGACUCGAAGCGUUCAAAAAUGGUGGGAAUUCUCGAGAAAAGUCUGCACAUUGAUUUCAGCGAGAUUGAGAACGCGGCCUAUAACUUAGACACGAGCGUGAUUAGUCUUGAAGCGUUGCAGCAGAUCUACGAAAUCAAACCGACACAAAAAGAAAUAGAAGACAUUGCAACCCACGAAGCACUUUAUCCAGACAUUCCUCUCGAUCAACCUGAAUUAUUUCUCAAACGAUUGUCCGGCAUAAAUCACUUCUCCGAAAGAAUAGCCUGCCUGAUGCUGCAGUCGGAAUUUCAAGACGCGAUAUCGUCGGUCUCGUAUAAAUUGAACAACGUGCGGACUACCUGCGACUUCCUACUCAAUUCCGAACCUCUGAAGAAAGUAAUGGCCAUUAUUUUGACUUUGGGCAAUUACAUGAACGGCGGAAAUAUGUUACGCGGACAGGCGGACGGCUUCGGCCUGGAGAUUCUUGGCAAACUGAAAGACGUGAAGUCCAACGUACCUGGUGUCACCCUGUUACACUACGUCGUCAAUGCAAAAUUGUCCCAGGAAAAGGAUCAUAACUUCGAUGAGCCCUUGCCUUUACCUGUGCCUGAACCGGCUGACGUAGAAGCUGCAUCUACGAUCAAGUUUGACGAUAUCAAUAAGGAACUGGAUAGACUAGACAAGGAACUGCGGGCAUGCGCACAAAUGUGUAAUACAAUCGUGGAAGCGGAUCCAUCUACGUCUAAAAUAUUCAAGAAGAAAGUAGACUCGUUUGUGAAAAAAGCGACUGCCGAAUUGACGAGUGAGAAGGAAGAUCUCCUAGAAGCUAAAAACAAAUUUAAAGCUGUGAUGAAAUUUUAUCAGUUUGUUCCCAAAGGUUCCACCCUGGAGACUGCAGAACCUUAUGAUUUCUUCAAUCUAUGGCUUAGUUUUUGUCGGGACUUUAAGGAUAUCUGGAAGAGGGAACAGCAGCGAAUACGAAAGGAACGAAUAGAGGAAAUUCGCAAAAAGUUCGAUAACAAAUCCGAUGUCGUAAGAGUGAAAUUAAAUCCACACGGAUUAAAAGCAAAAUUACAGAAACUUACGCAUAAAAAACAUACUCAAAGAUAGUCUUAUCGAAAUGUUCAAAAAUUAAUAAUUUGAUUAAGAAUUUGUAAGGUCGAGUGACAAUUUAUACAUAUAGUAUAUUCGUUAAAUUCUGAAUUUCAUCAAUUGUUUCCUUUAAUACUCUGGCAAUCAAAGGAAAUUUAAUUGUAUAUUAAUUUCUAAUUCAUACUUGAUUAUCAUUUUCGAAUCGAAAUAUAUUGUAAAGUACGAAAUAUUUUAUAUAGUUCGAAAACAUGUUAGGUUGUUUUGUGUAAAUUGUUACAUUUAUUAUUAUGUGGAAGGUGUGAAAAAUUUAUCUGCUCCACUUAUAAAAAUUUAUUAUGAAUUUUGCAUUGAAAAUUAUGAGGAAAUAUGCGAAAUAUACGAAAAAUUACUUUUUGCAGGCAAAUCUUGAAUUGCUCGAAAAAAUAACAGAGAUUUUCAUUUAAAUUCUAAUUACGGAAAUAUUGAAAAAUUCACGCAACGAAACACGAUCGAUUUUAAUCCUAGAAGGCGCAGAGCGCUAUAAGUAUAAUAGAUUGCCAAUUACGAAACGUCCUUAUAUACAAACAUCCAAUCGAUAAGACUUUAUGCUAUAUGCAAUUGUAGUUGUUACAGACUGAAAUGUUAACAGUGCACGUAAAACGAUACUGUAUACUUAAGCAGACACAUUCAUGAAAUUUUAUUAAUUAUUAAUACCAUGAUAAAAAAAGUGAUUCACAAUCUGGUAACAACUUUACGGAUAUUAGCCUCUAUAUUUUAAGCGAUUUAAUAAGUGCAUCGGAGAAUUAUGUUCAGUAAACGAAGGCUAUAAACAUGGUCUAUUCUUUUUAGCUGCACUUUCUUACAUUGUUUGCCAUAAAUAUUUGACACCAAAUAAAAAUGAUACAAAGUUCUAAAGAAAACUGUAAGAAGCUGCAGCAUAAAAGAAGCUAAAGAGGAUAUACCCGUAAACAUCCAUGAUGAUUCUAGAACAGAAAAACUUUAUGCUUCUUUAUAGUAUAUAUUUAUUUCACUAAUUUUCAUUGCUUUGCCCUAAAGAAUUUCGAAGAAAGAAUAUCAUAUUUGUAACAGUUAUUAUUAAUUAUUAUAUCUAUUUAUUCAUUUAUUUGUAUUAAUUUAUACUAGAUUGUCAUGGAUUAAUAAAUAACACAAUGUACAUAAAAUGUUAA